UGACACGUCGCAUGACGUCUCUAAGAAGCGAGUGUGUAUUCCGAUUUCUCCUUUAACACCGCAACCUGGAUUGUGCUGCAGCAAAUCCGAGUAAAAUAAAUUAAAAGUUUUGUGUUAAUCGGUCAAUUGUUGCGAAUUGUGUGAGAUAUAAAGAUUCAUAAUGACGGAUAAGAAAGUAACCAAAACCACCACGUCUGGAUUUACGAAAGAAGAGGAAUUGUUGCUGAACGAUUUUAGCAGAAAUGUUUCGACCAAGUCAUCGGCACUUUUCUACGGAAACGCUUUCAUUGUGUCAGCUAUUCCCAUUUGGCUAUUCUGGAGAAUUCAUAUGAUGGAAUUGAUUCCAUCAUUGAUCUUUUUCGUUGUCAUCACUGGUCUCAGUACCUACUUCAUGGCCAUGGCUUACCGUAACACAAAGUUCGCUUUAAAACACAAAGUAGCUGUGAAACGAGAGGACGGUGUCACUCGUGAAAUGCACAAAGUUUUGUCCGACGACAAGAAAAUGAGCCGCAAAGAAAAGGAUGAACGUACGUUGUGGAAGAAGAAUGAAGUGGCCGAUUACGAAGCAACAACCUUUUCAAUUUUCUACAACAACGCACUGUUCUUGGCCAUCAUCAUUUUCGCCAGCUUCUACUUGCUCCGAACAACGUCACCAGCAUUGAACUACAUUUUGUCCGUUAGCGGUGCCAGUGGUCUUUUAUGUUUGUUGUCGACCAGCAAACCAACAUAAUUUCAUGGAAGCUAAAUGUCUUGAAUGGACCCACAUUGGUGAUCCUUUCAUUUAUCGUUUCAUUAAUUUAUCACAAAAUUUUUUCCAUUGUUUCUCCGUUGAUCAAUGAUUUAAUUGUCAAUAUAAGGAUAAGACUCUUCGUGGAAGUGACAUCGACAAAAGAUGAUUGUCUUUCACCAUUUGCUUUUGGUAAAAUAAUUUUCUUUUGUAAUUUUUUUCAGUCGAAAAAUUAAUAAAAAAUUCGCUCGUUGCGACUAAAA